AUGAAUUCGUAUUCGACUAGUGAACAAACACGUCGUUUAUUAUCGCCAUACAAUCAAGAUUGUUAUAAAUUAUAUAAUUUAAAUUUAAGAAGGCAUUUCAAAAAAAUGAAAAUCGUAUUAAAUCAAAUCAUGAAUGAUUUAAAUUCAAAUUUGUACUCAUCAAAAAGUUUAUUUAAAUUAAAUAUUGGUCGAAAAAAACUUUUUAAAAUAAAUAAAAUUUUAACACAAUUACAUAAUAAACGAUUCAUGUUUGAUAACAAAAAUAAUUCCUUUUUCUUAUAUCUUCGUAAUUCUAUUUACACUCUAAUGAAAUAUCUAACACAAUUCGAAAUAUGUGUUCAUGAGAUUGACCUGGUAAAGAAGCACUUCAAUCAAAUAAUCACUUCCAAUGGUAUGAUUCAACAAUAUGAACAAGAUUUCAUAAGAAAACAAUUAAUUUAUAUUGUGAAUAAAGUUCAAAAUGAUAUACAAAAUCAAUCCUACGAUGAACAAGCUAAUUUUCUUAUGAGUACAUUUGAUAUUCUUUGUAAUGUUCGAUCCAAACGAGAUUGA